GCGUGGCGUCUUAAGACGAGAUUUUUAAGCGUUACAGCCGCCGCUCCGGCCAAUCUCGGUCGCCUUCGUUCCCGGGGCUUUGCUGCUUGAGCAAAUGGAUUUGGCUUCCGCGGGAACGGCAGCAGCUCAGGCGUGGCUGCUCACUCCACCGGUCGACCGCUCCCGCUUCCCAAGGAAUCUUUUCGGUGUUUGCUCCCGGUCUCUCCUUCCUCCACCGAAGUUGUGGUUCCUCUCACGGCACCCUGAAAGAGGAGUCUCCCUCAUCAGCCGCGCGAAGAGGAGGGGCUCCGCUUCCCAGCGACCCCCACCAAAGCAGGCCACACUUGAGGAAGAAGAAGAAGAAGAAGAAGAAGAAGUCGAUGAAGAACGAGUAGUAGUGGCGGAAGAAGGGUUGGAAGUCGAAUUUUCCGAUGACCUUGUAGAGGUGAUGGAAGAUGAUGACAACUUUGAAGAUGAAUUAGAGGAAAAUGACUUUGAGGAAGAAGAAGCAAAUCUCUUUGUUGGAGAUGGUGGUGCAGGAGGUGGAAUAUCUCUUGCUGGUAUGUGGUGGGACAAAGAAGCAUUGGCUCUUGCAGAAGAAGUUUCAAUGUCAUUUGAUGGUGAUUUGAAGAUAUAUGCUUUUAAAACUACUGCUAAUUCAACCAUACGUGUGCGGAUUGAAAAGAUUUCUACCAAGUAUGGCUCUCCAAGUAUUGAUGAUAUCGAAGCCUUCUCCAAAGCCUAUCGCUCCCGCUUAGAUGAAGCUGAACUCGCUGAAAGAAUACCAGAUAACAUUAGUUUAGAGGUCUCAUCCCCUGGUCUUGAAAGGGUUGUUCGCAUCCCAGAUGAGCUUGAGCGGUUCAAGGACCGACCCAUGUAUGUGAAGUAUAUCAGUGAUGGCGCUGCAAGUGCUUCCCCGCAAGAGAGUGAUGGUGUGUUUAAGCUUAUAUCCUAUGAUAUGGAAUUAUGCCAGUGCACUUGGGGUUUAGCAGAUGUGAAGAUAAAUAGGCAGAAGGCAGGGAAAGGAAGACCUCUAAGCAAGAAACAAAGAGAAUGGCGGCUGCAGACGCCAUUCGAGUCCUUGUGUCUGGUCCGACUACAUUCUGACUGCUGAGAUGUGCCUCAGUGUCAUCAGUCAUGAGAACAUGUAUCGAUGAAUCUGCCUUUCUUACUCAAGAGUGCUUCGGAACCAGCAGUUACUAAAGCAGGAAUCAACUUAUAAAACUGCUAAAGAGAAGACAAUAGCAUGGUUAUGGUUUUAUCAGACUAGUGAUCGAGUAGCAUUUAGUUUUUUGUCAGACAAAUUUUCAAAGUGAGAUUUAUUCUGAAGAUUUUAUGGUGAGUAGAUGCGUCAUAAUGUUCGUAAAAAGAAAAGAAUCUCAAAUUCUGCUUUUAUGUCAAUUGAUAUUGCCAAUAACAA